AUAACUAGAGCGUAUUAUCGAGGAGCGGUAGGUGCAUUGAUCGUAUACGACAUCACACGUAGUAUAACAUUUGAAAAUGUUCAAAGAUGGUUGAAGGAGCUUCGGGAUCAAACAGAUCAAAACAUCGUGAUCAUGCUCGUGGGGAACAAAAUGGAUCAGGCUGACUUACGAUCUGUCCAAACAGAGGAUGCAAAGACAUUUGCAGAGAGAGAGAAUAUUAACUUAUUCAUGGAAACAUCGGCUCUCAACACGUUAAAUGUCAACAAAGCUUUUACCAAAGUGUUGACUCAGAUUUACCAUGUCGUGAGCAAGAAGAAGGAUGAUAAUCAUCAUUAUCAUCAAACGGUUGAACCCAAGGGAGAAAAGAUUAACGUUGGAGGUCGUAAAGAUGUCGAGAUCACAAGGGAAAAUGAUUUUGCUAUGGCAUCAAGAAUGUAUUUACUAGAAAAUGGCUCAACAAAUGAGCCCCCAAGACUCUCUAGUGUUGAUAACUUCACCAUUUGGAAGAACCGUAUGAUUGGUUUCCUAAACUUCGUUGACAGCAAAUUGGUAGAAACAAUAAAGGAAGGUCGGCAUACUCCUUUAAUGGAACGAAGCAGAUGGAGUUAUGAAGAUAAACAAAAAGUUGCCCUUGAUGAUAAGGCAAUGCAUAUUCUAGGUGUCUCCUUGCCUGAUGACAUUUAUCGUAUUGUCAUGUAUUGUGAGUCAGCAAAGGAAAUGUGGGACAUUCUGAUUGUCCUAUUUGAAGGUACCGGUGAUAAAGAGGGGGAGACUGAGAAAUUAUGGUCAGGGUAGUAUAAAAAAUAAUUCCAAUAAAAUAUAUUUAGAUAAAAAAAAAAAACAAUUAAAGAAUAAGAUGUUGAUCAACUCAAUUGCAUCAAACACAAAUAUGAUACUACAUUGAUGCUUAUUUCGGUAAUAUAUGAUCAAGAUUCUAAAUAACGUUAGGCGUGAAUUGGUUGCAAUAUCAAGCAUCAAGUUUUUACGAGUCAUAAUGGAUCAUAUCGGU